AUGUACUACGAUGGAAACUUUCUUCAUUUGGGGUACAACCGGUACACCGGUAUGUUUAACCAUAAAAAUUUGCACACCACGAAGUUCCUCCAACUUAAAUGGAUGUGCCAAACGAGCUGCAAAAUUGGAAGAAAGAAGGCUCCAAAUCCAACUUUCGAGGACAUUCUCAAGCUUCCAGUCGAAAAUCGCUUCUGGUACCCAGAAAGGGACCACUCUGUCUAUUCCUAA